GUUUGACAGUUGACUCUCGGCGGUGUGCGUCUCCAACGUAUUUGAAAGGUCAUGUGUGACUCAGCGCCUUGCAACUGGCUGGCGGUCGUUGAGUUUCUAGGCGAGAAGUCCACCAGUAUUGUGCCCGUGUCCUGGAUCAGUGACGACAGUUCUCUUUGUGUGUGGCCGCCACCUCGGAUAUCUGAACAGCAGAGGGUGUCAAUGGUGAAGCGUAACGAGCCUCCUGGAAAGUGGCGCCAGACUGCUAUAAGAGUCUUGAGUUACGCUGCUUCCUAUGACGAGGCAACAAAGCAGUGGGACAGGUCCCUGUACACGUCGUCUGUGGAGACAGACACUGACGAGUGUACGAGUCCAGAUCUUCCAUGUACUUACACCGAAAUCACAGGCUAUCGAGAAUGCCUCGCAACACAGCUGUCUGGAACAGUGACUCCCGGGAACACGAACCACCCUGCCACAGCAGCUAUGAAUUCCGAACCACAGUUCUCCCACUUCUCUUUGCCAGAACCUCCUCCAGCCCUUCGACGUCACUUUGCUACACAGAGGCAUGUAGACACCCGAGAAGCCCCGUCUUCAACAGCACAAAUGGCUAUUAAUACAGUGCCAUCUAUGUCGUCGCCUGAGGUUACGGACGUGCUCUCAUCACAUGCUUCUUCUAAUCAAGUGGGUGACCGCAACAUAUUAUUGCUACUGGUUGACAUAAAGAGAGCAGUGAAAUCUCUUGAUCAACGGCUGCAAGUAAUGGAACGUUUCAUCGAAAGAAUUUCCCAGGAGAAAGGAAUUGCAAAGCCAAACUUUCCUGAACUCCCAAUACAGACAUGCAGUGAGCUACUUGAUCUUGAAACGACACUGUCAGAUGAGCAAGCCAAAGUAUACCUGAUUGGAAAGCUCUCUCGUCUGGGCGGAAACUCACUGGCUGAAAGUGUGCGAAUCCUGGUGAAAAAUCUGAUAAAGAACAGCGUUGCUUUGCAAUACAGCUUAAGGGGGGCACAACAGAAAAAAGACUUUUCCGCAUUGCGAGUCUACUCCUGCAUUACUGAGGUGCUCCUCAAACGACACAACAGCGUUACGAUGAAAGAAGUCGAGGAUAGGAUUGGAAGAUACUUAGCCGGCGCACCUGACCGGGAGGGAGGACGAGAAGCCCGCAAAAGAAAGAAAGACACAAGCCAAACUGGAACCGAAUAGUAUUUCAU